CUUCCUCUUGCCCGCGCCUCCUCUCUUUUGUUUCUCCUCCCCUCCCCAUUUGCCAUCCACCCCAUCCGCCGGGAGACGCCAUCCUCCUCCGUUUGUUCCUCCCCUUGCCUCGCUGCCCCUGGUGUCCGCUCGCGCCCCCACCCCGGGACGCGCCGACUCCCGCCGCCGUAGCCCACCAUGGAGCUGCAGGAGCUCAUCCCCCAGUCGCAGAUUCGCUGCUCCCUCACGCAUGCCUUCGGCCGGCCGCCGCAGCGUGACUCAACUCUCCUCUUUCACCCGCACACCUUCUGGGUCUAUCGGUCAGACACCGAUGUGGAAGUGUACUCCUACAAACUUGUGAGUUCGCUGCAUGUGGCGCGCCUGCCCCGCACCCCGGCGUCCAAGCGCUCGGCCGAUCCCCCGGCCCCGGCCCCGGGAACACAAGUCCCCGCCGUGGAGAAGCUCUUUGUCUACUUUAAGACAUUCCACACGUUGGCUGUGGUGCCGCUGCUCCCCGGCGACAUGGCCCUCAUCGUGCGGACCCUCUCAACCAUGAGUGCGAUCGCUGUUCCCCGGCUCCUGCCUGCUUUUGACUUCCGGAUCGAGUCGAUCCUCCUGCCGACCGACAUUGCCGAGCUCUCGAAUGUUGAGCCCUUGACCUCCGGCCCCAGCAUGGCCCCUCUGGACCAGAGCUUCAAUCCCUUCGCCACGCCUUCCAGUUCGACCGCCUCGCUGUUGGCCGGCGGGGCCCCCUCCUCCCCCUCCUCGUCUUCCUCCUCCUCGUUGGCCACCUCCGCCGGGCGGCCAUUGUCCUCGUUGGCCGACUGGUGUGGCUUUGGGUCCGGGCUUGGACGUCCGAUUAUCCCCCUGUCCGCCGAGACCUCGCCCUCUAUCCUGUCCGGGGAGGCAUGGUGUGCGGCAUUGCUCCGGCGUUGGGGCGUGUCAGCCCGGUCGCUGGAGAUCACCUCGCAGAACUACGACUUCUCCGUGUGCAAAUCCUACCCCCGGUCCUUCAUCACCCCGGGCGGGUUGAAGUGCGACCUGCGCACCAUCGCUUCCCUCUGUACCGGCGGGCGAUUGCCGAUUUUGGCGUACUUCCGGCCGGAUCGGCCGAUGCCCACGCCCGGCGGCGGCGGACACCCCGCUGCCGCUGCCGCCGCCGCCACCGCCGCCGCCGCCACCACCACCACCACCGCCGGGCCCACCACCGGCAUCGCUGUCUAUCGCUCGGGCAUGUUUUUGCGCAAUGCUCGGUGCCUUACCAUCGACGUGUUUUUCCGCGAACUGGGCCGUGCUCUUGGAACUGAGGACGCCCUUUCGGUGAUCGUGGACCCCCGGUCACCCAACAAUGCCGGCGGUUUCUACGCCAAUGCCGCGACACAUGGCGGCCCGGAGCGCAACUUUCACAUUUUCUUCGCCGGCCUGGAAACCUCGCAGGGGCUGCGGCCGGUCUUUGCGCGGAUGCUCGGUGCUCUCAAUGGCCCUGACAAGGGAAUGGCCGCCUUCCAUACGGACAUCCUGCCCUGGUUGACGCAGGUUCAGAAUGUCCUGGCUUCGGUGCGCCGGCUGUCGGACUUCAUCCUGACCGGCAGCCUGGGUGCCUUGUUGGAUACGCGCAUCCCUUCCAGCGGGUCUGCCCUGCCUGCGACCGGCGGGGCCGCCCCCGGCCAGCGCUUCCUCCUGGUGCAAGACGCCGAUGAUGGGUCGGAUCUGGCUUCAUUGUUGGUGUCCCUGGUGAAGGUCAUUGUGGAUCCGCACUACCGGACCCUGGGCGGCCUGCGAGACUUGAUCGAUGAGGAUUGGUGUUCCUUCGGGUUCCGGUUCUCGGACCGCUGCGGCCAGCUGCCGGCCGCCGGGCAGACGGACAUCUACGCCGUCGGCGCCGGGUCUGUGCCGGCCGCCGCGCCGGCCGCCAGCGGGGGAGCCACCGACGUGCAUGAGACCCUCGGCGCGGUGCCCCCCUCGCCGAUCCUGGUCCUCUUCGUAGAGUGCCUGCUGCGCGUGAUGUCUGAGCUGCCACGCUCCUUCGAGUACAAUGAGCUGGCUGUUCUGUCGCUCUUCGAUGCCAUGCACUCAUGUCAGUUCGGCAAUUUCAUUCUCAACAACGAGUUCUCCCGGUCCCGCGCCAACGCCACUCCCAGUCUGCAGGGUCUCCCCUCGGGCGGGGUUGGCAUCGGCUCGCUGAGUUCCGGCUCGGUGGGAUCUUUCUCGGCGGCUGGGCUUCACUUUGCCUCUUCACACGCCAGCCCAUCGGCCCGGUCGGUCAGCAUCCAUUCAUCGGAGCCCGCCCUGCCGGUGGUGGACAACGAGCUUCGGGUGCUGGAGGCUGUGCAGACUCCCAGCUUCUGGACCUACUAUCGGGCCCCCUCCAGCCAGCGACGCUUCACCAAUCGCUUCUACUCGGGGAAGAUCCACCCCGGCCCGCUGCCGGUUUUCCCCGUCUCCCGGGACAUCGGAUCCAUCCUGAUGGGCUUCUACAGCCCGUCAUGGUCACGGCAUGCCGGGGGGACAAUCGCCCGGCUGGCAGGCAUCCGGCCACUGGCCCUGGCCUCGGUCGGCCAACCGACCGUCAUCCGUUCGGACCUUCGUGCACACCAGGACUUCUCUCCCGGCGUGGAUAGUCGUUACUCGCAGCUGGGCGCGCGCCUGCAAGAGCUCCGGAAGCAAAUCAGCGAGCUGAAGGCCCAGCAGGCAGCCACCCUUGAUCCGCCGGCAUUAGAGGGGGAUGGCGCUGAGGUUGCCUAGCAGUUGGUCACUGGCCAUCUUGUCCUUUUGCCCCCGUGUCUCCCCCGCUCCCCUGGUCUCUCCUGUCUCCCAUCCCGUCCUCGCCCUGUCUUUUUUUGUUCGCCUGUUUGUCUCCCCUUUUCAAGGUCACCAUUCCCCGAGUUUUGAGGGAUGGCCUUGGGUCGGGGCCGAGUUGGGGCGGCCGCGAAACGCGCGCACACGCAAAAGUGUGCACGCGUGUUCGCACACAGAAUGUGCCUGCGCCAGAGCAAUAUACCAUCCGUUGGCA